AUGGCUAUGUGUUUUCUACGUGUUUCCAUGCUCUGGUUUGUGUGUAAAGCACAGUUUAGUGACAUCUCUCAGCCUGAUUCUUUCCAAGCUGUGAAACUAGGAGACAAAGUUAUUAUCUCAUGUUUUAUUUCUAAUUCUGAAAGAAACAGAGUGUGGUACAAAUUAACCACUGAAAGGAAACUGCAGUUGGUGGCCUCAAUAGAUGCAAUGUUUAAUCACAUAAAAUUUGAAAAGCAAUUCCGCCAUUUUUCAGUAAUAUCUGACCACACUAGCAGCCACCUAAUUAUAUCUACGACCGCAAGUGAGGAUGCUGGCACGUACUACUGUGGAGUUAUCAAACUACAAGAUGUUCAGUUUGGAGAAGGAACCUUUCUGAUGAUAAAAGGUGCAAAGAUGAUUAGUGACUUUGUCAUCCAGGAGCCAAAGUCUCAAUCAGUCCAGUCAGGAGACUCUGUGACUCUGAGAUGUUCUGUGCAGUUUCAUCAGUGCGAUGCAGAACACAUUAGUGUCACAUGGCUGAAAAACUCUGAUAAUUCAGCUCCAGAAAUGAUUUACACAUCUGGAGAUCAGAACGACAGCUGCCAGGCUGGAGCAGCUACCUGUGUGUACGAACUUCUCAUGAGGAACCUCAGCUAUGAAGAUGCUGGAGUCUACCACUGCGUUGUUUCUUCAUGUGGACAAAUACUGCUUGGAAAUGGAACCACGAUUACCAACCAUGUUGGACUCAACAAAUCACUUGAUCUGAGCCCAGGUGUUACUGCACUGAUUCUAUCAAACAUCAUCUUUGGCGUCGUGAUGCUUGUGCUUUUAUGGAAGCUUUGCAAGAUUCACAAGAAAGUUGCUGCAGAUCCAGUUAUCUAUGCAGCAGUGACUUCUGCUCCCAGAACCACCUCCUGCCGAUCAGCUCCAGUCAAACACAACACAGAGAGGGUGGUUUAUUCUGCUGUUCAGUACAGUCAGCGAGACUGA